UCAUUUCAAAUAUCUUCUAAAAAUAUAUUUUCGAAAAUGAGUAAACAAAAAUUCCGUUAUAUAUAAAUGUCUCUAAUAUCAUAGCUGAGUUACUGUGUUUAUACACAAUUAAUUAUGAAUACAUUCCCUUGAAGGAAAACCUCUUAUACAUAAUAGUCAAUAAAAUUUACUUGUAAAUAGAUAGGUCGUUUCGCAUCUUUAUAAAAUGGAGGUUAUGGAUAUCUAAGAAUCAGUACAAAUGGAAGAUACAGGCGAAGAUCAUUCUGAAGAAUCAGAUACUAAUGACAACGUGGACAAUAAUGUAGACACUGAAAUUCAAGCAGAUGAUGAAAAAAAAGAUGAACAGGAUGAAACAAAAGUAAAAAGACCAAAAGAAUCAUCCUUGGAUGAGUCUCAAACUGAUUCUGAUCAAUCUUGUCCAAUAUGUAUGGAUUUAUGGACUAGUUCAGGAGAACAUCGUUUAUGUUGUUUACGUUGUGGACAUUUAUUUGGAUAUAAUUGCAUUUUAAGAUGGUUACAAAAUUCUUGCACCAGUGUAAAUCGUCGUUGCCCUCAGUGUAAUAGGAAGGCUGCUGUGAAAGAUAUCAGAAUGUUGUAUGCCAAGAAAUUAACAUCAAUAGAUACUGCAGAAUUAGAAAAAUUGAAAGAACAGUUGGACACUGUUAAGACAGAGAAAAAUCGUAUAGAAAUGGAACUGACAAAGUACACCCUCAGACAGAAGUUAUUUGAGCAACAAAUUACAAGCAUGAAAAAUCGUAUAUCUGAACUGGAAAAUCAACAAUCGGAAAUAAGCAUUCAUUCCUGUCAAAAUGUUUCAAAACACAUGAUUAAAAAGUUCCACUUAGAUCGAUCAAUAGAAAUAUGUAAAGAUGGUGGUUGUCGUGUGUUAGAUUAUAAUCCAUCAUAUGGAGUUCUAGUUGUCUCCCAGAAAUCAACAAAUGCAUUAUUCUCGGGUUAUGGUAUUAAGAAAAUUGACACGGAUAAAUUUCAACCACGACAAUUCGUUUUUCUGCAUUCUCAAGCCAUAAGAGAUGUUACAUUCAAUACCAACCAGCAGUCAUUGUUACUUAGCGUUGGUUUUGAUAAGUGUGCAAAAUUGAUGGAUAUACAAAAUCAUAUCAUCAUGCACACUUUUCAAGUGGAUUAUCCAUUAUGGAGUUGCUGCUGGUCAGGCGACAAUCCAAAUAUAUUUUUUGUAGGAGCUCAGAAUGGAUCUAUAACACAAUUCGAUAUUAGACAAACUUCUGGUGCUAUUGAAAGUUUAGAGAGUCCAGGCGAUAGAUCACCGGUGGUUUCUUUAGCAACAGUACCUGUUAAUCCCGGUAGCGGUAUUGGUCGCGGUGGUUUUAUUGCAUGUCGUUUAAAUACUUGUUACGCUUAUGAACAAAAGGAGUCAAAAUAUGUUCCCAAACAAAUAUUUCUGGAAGGUCCUUUUGUGUCUGUAUGUUACGACGAAAAAAAUAAUCACACAUUAAUAUCUUCUCGACCGAACGCCAGACAACCUCAUGCUAGACAUAUAGUAUGUACUAUAGAAAAAGGCAACGAUGAAUCAACUAUCUGUAAUGUAGUGCACACGUUUCAUGCUGGUAAUUCUCAACAAUUUUUAUCGCGACCAUGUUAUAUAAAUGUCGAAAACGAUACGUUAGUUGCUGCUCAUCAAGAAUCCACCAGUAGUAUAUCCUUGUGGAGUACAUCUAGUGGAAAACAAGUAAAUAGCCUCCCGGUAUCUGAUCCUGUGGUAGAUAUGUGUGCAGUCGAUAUUAGUAAUAACUUAUUUUUAGCAACUCUCUCUACAAAGAAAGUGAGGAUUUACAGCCAUGGAUAAUUUUCAUUGUUAUAGAAAUAACAUAAUGAUUUAAUAAUUUAUGACAUUUUGUAACAUUUCAUUCAUGUUUAGAACAUCUUUUACAUGUACAUUAUAAAUUCACAAUUUAACAGAUAGAUGAUAUAACUGCCAUUACUUCAUUUUGUUUACUAUAAGCUUGAACAGUAUUUAUUCGCAUAAAAGUUACGUGAUAAAAACAUAUGUAAAUAACUUAAUAUAAAAAUUUACUAUAAAUUUAAUACCGUUAUUGACAAUGUAGAAAUUUUUCAU